GGCCGGCCGGGAGGCGCAUGCACAGGGGACGAUGGUUGGGUGGAUUAGAAGAGUUGGAUGGAAAGAUCGAAGAAGGCGCGCGAUCGAGGACAGCAGCAAUUCAUUCAUGAUCGCACACUAGCUGACUGCGACUUCCAUGGCCAGCCGCCCAUGCAUGCAUCAUCUGUCUUCGAUCUCCACUGCAUGACGGACGAACGAUUCUCUCAUCAUCGAUCAGUGUCGUCUCCCUGCAGAGCCUCGCUCUCGUCUCUCUCGAUCGAUCGACGAUCACUUGGUAGCUAGCUGCUGCAACAGGUGGGUGGGGAUCAUCGGAUCACCGAUUCACUCGAUCGUCCGUCGAUGGGCAGCAAGACGAGCACCGUGUCGUCGGUGCUGUGCUGCCCGUGCCGGUGCCUCUUCUGCGGCGUGCUCAGCUGCCUCUUCAGCGUGCUCACCUGCAUCUUCGUCGUCGCCGGCCUGGUCGCCCUGGUGCUGUUCCUCCUGUUCCGGCCCCACAUCAUCCGCGUCUCCGCCGUCUCCGCCGACCUCUCCGACUUCACCCUCACCCCGCAGACGUGGAUCCUCCGCUACAACCUCUCCCUCGGCCUGCAGGUCCGCAACCCCAACAAGCACAUCGCCCUCCACUACCACGGCCUCGUCGCCCAGGCGCACUACGAGGGCCAGCAGUUCGCCCACGCCGGGCCGCCCGACUUCUUCCAGGACACCGGCGUCACUAGCCCGCUCGAUCUCGCCUUCACCGGCGAGAGCCCCCUCGUCGGCGGCAACGCCGCCGCAGGCUUCCGGAAGGAGGCUGCCGAGGGGGCCAUCUUCUCCGUCGACGUCAAGAUCAGCUCGCACAUGAAGCUCAAGGUCUGGGUGCUCAGGGUGCUCGGCCCAAAGACCAAGAUCGAUUGCCCGCUCAGGCUCCAGCGAUGGGAUCAUGCUACCCACGCCCAACGCCCGCCCGAGUUCAAACAGAAGGAAUGCAGGGUCACCUUCUUCUGAUGAUUAAUUAUUCUCCAUCUCCCUCCCUCUUACUUCGUUGCAUUGCAUUGCAUGCACUCUUGUUAUAUCUGAUAUUCUGAUCGAUCCAGCACCUGCUGCUGGUGCCAAUAAUCUCGUCAUCAUCAAUUAAUUAAUUAAUUAAUUAGGUAGCUAGCUAUAGAUAGAUAUAUAUGUAUGUCUCGCGCCAUCUGCAUUUUAUAUAUUUUUUAUGACAUUAUAUAUAGAAGAACAGCUAGAGAUUAUUAUUGAUAGAAGUUGCAGCAAAUAUAUAAUU